UAUUCAGAAAAUUUCAAAUUUCAAUUUCAACUUUCAACUUCUUAAUUUGUUGCAUAGUUUUGUGUUUAUUUGACUGAUUUAAUAAUUGAUCACAUCGGCAAACAAUUCUAACAAUGCCAUUAUUUGAUUUUGAUUCAAAUGUAAUGAGACUACGUCUCAAACGUUUAUCAAAUAUUGUUGAUGGUUAUGGUUUUGGUCUAAAUAUUCAUGAUCGUGGUACACCACCGGUAUUACAGAUAUCAUCAAUUGAAAAUAAUUGUGAAGCAGAAAAAUCUGGUCUAAUUCGUAAUGGUGAUAUUAUUUUACGUAUUAAUAAUCAUGAUGUAUCACAAUGUACAUAUGAUGAAGCAAUACAAAAAUUAACAUCAACACCAAUGAAUGCAUAUGCAUCAUUCACGGUACGUGCACCAUUUGGUUAUGUAACACGUUUGAUUACUACAUUUGAAGAAGAUGGACAAUCAAAAACAAUUCGUAUUACUGAACGUGCUAAUCGUCAACAACAAAAACAAAAACAACAACAACAACUCGCUAAUAAUGAUGACCAUCAUCAACAACAACAGAAUCAUAUUACAAAUAAUUCUCAUUUGACGCCACAAUCAAUAACAACAACAACAACAACGGAAGAAUCAAAAACAACAAUGACAAAUCAACCACGUACUCGAAAAGGGUCGAUUUGCGUUGGUCAAAAACCAAUACGAAUUAGAAAUGUUGCCACCUCAAAUGUUACGGUGGACACUUUACAUCAAACAGCUAAACAGCCAUUAUCCUGUUCAGAAUCGGUUUGUUUGGGUUCAUUGAUGAAACAAACAAAAGAACAUCUAGGAAUAUGUCCAUUACAACCACAACAAGUGGAUCUAUCUACCACCAAUCAACAACAAUCCGUUGAUGGAAUCGGUCAACAACGUAGUAAAGAACAAGUGCUAAGUGAUGCCUAUCAAUUUAUGGAACAAUAUUAUGCAUCAAUAAAACGUUUACAUACACCUGCACAUCGUGAUCGUUUACGUGAAAUUGAAACCGAAAUACGAUCAACUGGUGCAUAUCAAUUGAAACAAACGGAAUUAAUAUUCGGUGCUAAAUUGAGUUGGCGUAAUGCACCAAGAUGUAUUGGCCGUAUUCAAUGGUCAAAACUUCAGGUUUUCGAUGCACGAAGCUGUAAAACGGCACAUGAAAUUUUCGUUGCAAUAUGUAAUCAAAUUAAAUAUGCAACUAAUCGAGGAAAUUUACGUUCGGCCAUAACAAUAUUUCCACAACGAAUCGAUGGCCGUGAAGAUUAUCGUAUAUGGAAUCAGCAAUUAAUCUCAUAUGCUGGUUAUGUUGUAAAUUCGGAUGAAAAUAAUGAUAUUAUUUUGGAAAAUGGUGUCGGUGGUGGUGGUGGUGGUGGUAGUAAACAUCAAACGACAACUACAAUUAUUGGUGAUCCAGUCAAUGUAGAAUUUACACAGAUUUGCACGAAACUUGGCUGGAAAGGACGGCGAACCAAAUGGGACAUAUUACCCAUCGUAAUCUCUGUGCCCGGUGAAGAUCCACAGCUAUUUCCAUUGAGCGAGGAUUUAGUUCUUCGUGUUCCACUUGUACAUCCUAAAUAUAAAUGGUUUGAAGAGCUGGAUUUACAAUGGUAUGCAUUACCGGCCGUAUCAUCAAUGAAAUUUGAUGUUGGUGGAAUUGAAUUUCCGGCCUGUCCAUUUUCCGGUUGGUAUAUGGAUACUGAGAUUGCUGUUCGUGAUCUUUGUGACACACAUCGAUAUAAUAUAUUACCCGAGAUUGCCAAAUACAUGAGCUUAGAUAUUAAUUCAAAUGCUAGUCUUUGGAAAGAUCGUGCUGUCAUUGAAGUCAAUACGGCCGUAUUGUUUAGUUUUCAAAAAGCCAAUGUCACCAUUGUUGAUCAUCAUACGGCUGCUGAAUCAUUUAUGAAACAUUUAGAAAAUGAAAAUCAAUUACGCGGUGGUUGUCCUGCCGAUUGGGUUUGGAUUGUUCCACCCGUAUCCGGAUCUUUGACACCUGUUUUUCAUCAAGAAAUGCUUAAUUAUGAAUUAAAACCAGCAUACAAAUAUCAGGAACCUGCAUGGAAAACACACAUCUGGCGUAAUGGUUAUCAUGACGGCCAUAAUUCAAUAACAUCGACACCAAGAAAAUUACGUUUCAAAGAGAUUGCUAAAGCAGUGAAAUUCACUUCAAAUCUUUUCGGCAAAGCUUUAAGUAAACGUAUUAAAGCAACGAUUUUGUAUGGCACUGAAACUGGUCGAUCCGAACAAUUUGCAAAAAGACUUGGACAAAUAUUUUCCCAUGUAUUCAAUGUAUCGGUCUCUUGUAUGGAUUCAUAUGAUAUGCUACAUUUGGAACAUGAAACAUUAUUAUUGUGUGUUACAAGUACAUUUGGCAAUGGUGAUCCACCGGAAAAUGGUGAAUCAUUUGCUAGACAAUUACAAGCAAUUAAAAUGACCGGUGAUACUGCACCGGAUUUAGAUCGUGACACCAUUUCAUUACCGGUAACUUAUCUACGUUAUUCAUCAGUGGAUACUUCAGAACAAAGUAGUGGUGCUAAUUUGAAUGCCGAUGAUAAACAACGUUUCAUUACAUUCGGUACAUUGGAUUCAAUCAAUCUAAAUUCACCAACAAUUCAGAAUAAUACAGCCGGUGAUGAUUAUUUUGCAUUUGCCGAUCAUGUUGGUCCUCUUAGCAAUGUUAGAUUUGCUGUGUUUGCGCUUGGUUCAAGUGCAUAUCCAAAUUUCUGUGCAUUUGGCCGCUAUCUGGAUACAAUGUUAGCCGAACUAGGUGGUGAACGUAUUACACGUGUAGGUAUUGGUGAUGAACUUUGUGGCCAAGAACAAUCAUUUUAUGAAUGGUCUGCCGAAGUUUUUGAACAAGCUUGUGAAGUAUUCUGUUUAACCGAUGAAUUGGAUAUGAAUGUUGUAACAAGUUUGGCUGCACAAAAACCAUUACAAUGGUGUAAAGAAAAUGUUUUACUUGAUGACGAAAAUGAUGGAAAUCGUAUCAAUGAUAAUGUACAAGAAUCAAAACAUAUACAACAAGCAUUAUCUAAACUUAGUAAUAACAAAAAAGUCAAUCAUUAUAGAUUGAUUGAACGACAAAACUUACAUGAUUAUUCAAUUGAUAAUGAUAAAUGUUUGGAAGAAGCAAAUAAGCCAACUAUUCGUGUUACAUUGAAAAUUGAUCCUGAUGAAAAUGAUGAACAAUCAAAUGAAGAAAUUAAACCCAAUGUUCAUUAUUAUCCUGGUGAUCAUUUAGCCGUAUAUCCGGAAAAUUCAUCUGAAUUAGUUCAGGGAAUUAUUGAUCGUUUAUGUAGUUUGAAUCCAUCGUUACAAUCUACAAAACCAUAUGUGAUCAAAAUUCGAUCACAACAUUCAUCAAUGGAUAAUCAUCCAAAUGAAUCGAUGAACAGUGCUAAUAGUUUAUUUGGUAUAGGCAAUAAUAAUUCAAAUUUUGAUGGAAACAAAUCACCGAAUCAUCUUGAAAAACAAAAAUGGAUAUUACAUGAUCGAUUACCAUCACCAGUAACAUUAAAAGAAGCUUUAACUCGUUAUCUAGAUAUAACUAAUCCACCAACACAAAGAAUUCUGUCCAUAUUAUCAGAACAUGCAUCCAAUUCAGAUGAAUCAGAAUUGUUGAAAAAUCUUUCAAAAGAUUCAGCCGCUUAUGAAACUUGGAAGGCAAAAUAUUUUCCCAAUUUUUUGGAGAUAUUGACUGAAUUCAGUUCAAUCAAUCCUCCAUUGGAAUUUAUAUUCACACAAUUGCCAGUAUUGAAACCAAGACAUUAUUCAAUAUCAAGUUCACCGCUCACACAAUCAGCAUUUCAAAUUGAUCUUACUGUUGCUGUCAUACAAUAUUAUACGGAAAGUGGCUAUCGGCAUUAUGGUGUUUGUUCAAAUUUUCUUAAUGAUAAACCAAUUGGUGGUGAUGUGUUUGCAUUCAUACGAAGUGCACCGAAUUUUCGUCUACCUAAAGAACGAAAAGUUCCCAUUAUAAUGGUCGGUCCGGGCACCGGUAUAGCACCAUUCCGUUCAUUCUGGGAACAUCGAGCCAAACUGAAAGAAUUAAAUUCAUCAGCAGAUUAUGGUAAAAUGACACUGUUUUUCGGUUGUCGAUAUCCAUCCAUGCAACUUUAUCGUGAAGAAAUCGAAACAACCAUGUUGAACAAUGUAAUUAAAGACUAUCAUGUUGCAUAUUCACGUCAGGCCAAUCAGCCAAAGCAAUAUGUCCAAGAUGUAAUGCGACAACUAUCACAACAAAUCUAUUGUGAUCUGAUCGAAAGAAAAGGCCACAUUUAUGUUUGUGGUGAUGUUUCAAUGGCACAAGAUGUGAAUAAAACAUUACAAUUUAUAUUACAAGAAAACGGUAUACAUGAUGCUGAUAUGACACUUUUAUCGCUUAAAGAAACGAUGCGUUAUCAUGAAGAUAUUUUUGGAAUUACAUUACGUACAGCCGAAGUGACUAAUCGUAAUCGUUCGGAUGCCGUGAAACGAACAUUUUCCAAUUCCUAAAAUUUGGUCUAUUAAUAUAUUGUUGUUGAUUCAUUGCACACUUUUCAAAUAAUACAAAACACACUCAAUCACAAUGACAAUUUUGAAACAUUAACAAAAAAAAACAA